CGACUGGCCUGAGCCGCCACAGAUGCCUGCAAGAGCCAGAACUAGGCCUGGCUGAAGCCAGGAGCCAGGAACUCCAUCCUGGUCUCCCACCUGAGUGCAGAAACCCAAGUACUUGGGCCAGUACAGAGAAGUCAGGACUUGGACCUGGCACUCUGGACGCCAUGAAGGAGCUGCCAGUCUUGGAGCCUGGAGACAAGCCCAAGAAAGCAACAUGGUACACCUUGACUCCCCAUGGAGAGAGCCCCUGUGCUCGAGUUGGCCACAGCUGCUCCUAUUUACCCCCCGUUGGCGAUGCCAAGAGAGGGAAGGUCUUCAUUGUUGGGGGAGCAAAUCCAAACAGAAGCUUCUCGGAUGUGCACACCAUGGAUCUGGGAGCGCACCAGUGGGAUCGGGCCAGCUGGGAGGGCCUCUUGCCCCGGUAUGAGCAUGCCAGCUUCAUUCCGUCCUGCGCUCCAGACAGUAUCUGGGUGUUUGGAGGUGCCAACCAGUCAGGCAACCGAAAUUGUAUACAAGUCCUGGAACCCGAAACCAGGUCUUGGAAUACGCCAGAAGUGACCAACCUUCCACCAUCUCCAAGAACAUUCCACACAUCGUCGGCAGCCAUUGGAAGCCAGCUGUAUGUCUUUGGGGGUGGAGAGAGAGGUGCCCAGCCCGUGCAGGAUGUGAAGCUGCAUGUAUUUGACGCAAAUACUCUGACUUGGUCACAGCCAGAAACACUUGGAAGACCUCCUUCUCCCCGGCAUGGCCAUGUUAUGGUGGCAGCAGGGACAAAGCUCUUCAUCCAUGGAGGCUUGGCAGGCGACACGUUCUAUGACGAUCUCCAUUGCAUUGACAUAAGUGACAUGGAGUGGCAAAAGCUAAGCCCCACUGGGGCUGUUCCCGCAGGCUGUGCUGCCCACUCGGCUGUAGCCGUGGGGAAGCACUUGUAUGUCUUUGGUGGAAUGACGCCCACAGGAGCACUGGACACGAUGUAUCAAUAUCACAUAGAAAAUCAACAUUGGACCUUGCUUAACUUUGAUACUUUUCUACCUCCUGGACGACUGGACCACUCCAUGUGUGUCAUUCCAUGGCCAGUGACAUCUGCUGCUGAGAGGGAGGAUCCAGCCCCUGUCCACUGUGAAGCCGAGAAGGGCGUUUCUGAUGACGGAGGGAUGACCCACUGUGGUGACUCAUGUGAGGAAAGUCAGACUGAUGUACUGCUGUGUUUUGUAUUUGGUGGGAUGAAUACAGAAGGGGAAAUCUAUGAUGAUUGUAUUGUGACUGUAGUUGACUAAUAAAAUUCAGGUUUUUUCAGA